UAGUUGGUGUACAUUUUUCUCUAACAGAAUGUUCAGGUGUAAAUCCAGACGGAAAACUUGUUAAACAUCACUGAUGUAACUUAUCAAUUUAAUUAUAAUAUGGAAAGGAUUAACAGGAUUUGGAAAUACUGCUAAAACUAUGGCAAUGAACCUUGUUUCGUACAUGACAGUGCUUUCUAAUUUAAGAUGCGGCCUAAUACCUAAUCUGCAGCAUCAAGCUUAUUACUUCCAACCGUACGACGAUGGACGAUAUAGAGGUUACACACUACAGUGUUGUCCAAGAGGAAUGGUGUUCUUUGCUAAGUUUUGCCGUUGUCGGUUCCCGUGGGAAGGACACCAGUCAUGGGGAACCAGUUCAAUACCAUAUCCUAACAAGUUUGAAUUGAAAUCCAAGUUACCGUUUAAAGAACAGUCUUUUAAUCCUAGGUCAAACAACAGACAACUAUACAGAUAUAAUAACGUGAAGAAGUUAAAACUUCGAAAAAAUCCUAUAAGACCAUUAAACAUGGAUAAAUCAAAUAAACGUAUCAUAGCGAAACAAUCUUCAUUCAGGAGAAAUUUCAUCAAGAUGAGGACAAAAGCAAAUUUUCAACAAAAAUUAAAAGUAUUUUCAAGGAAAAGAGUAGUCGACAAAAAAAGAAAAGAAUUAAAGAAAAUACGUAGAAACAAGUUUAGAUUUUUCAAGUUGAAAACAGUUGGUAAUAAAGUUUUCAACCGUCGUCCAAAGUCCUCGACAUUUAAAGAACCCUUUCUGCCGAUGGCGAGUAUUGAUAAUUCUGCAAACCUACACUAUCAACAUUUAGAUUUUGUUCACAAUAGCAUUGAAGAUAGAUUAUCAAGGACAUUUCACAGGAAUACUGAUUUCUUACAGAAUGUUCAACGUACCUUACAUAGUACGAUACCGUUCGAAAGUGCUUUGAAUUCAAAUGUUAAUGAAAAUAAUAUGCGGAUCAUCAGUAAACAGCCUUUGACUGGAACAUCCGUAUUACAGUCGAGUGUCAAUUCAAAACCGGAUAGUAUGGUUAUAAAUGCAGAGCAUGGACAUACAUUUGUACAGAGAACUGAUAUCGGAAGCUUAAAUAGCAUUAACAUAGAUGCAAAUACUGUUAAUAACAUUUUGUUUAAUGGAGAGAUAGGUGAAAUAAGAAAUGACAUCUUGUCUGAAAGUGUUUUUCCUUCUACUAAUUCUCUCGAAACCGGACUUUCUGGAAAUACUAACAUAUUCGACAUAAAUUCUAACAUGGUCGACGGUAGCAUACACCAGGAUGUUAUUUCUGAAGCUGGCAUUGAAUCUCCGUCUUCUUUUAAUGUUGGUUCACCCGAAAUCUUGAAUGGCAUACAUAUGUUACCCGCCGAUGCUGUUUUACCAAAUGUUGUUACAGGAACUGGUAUCCUGACUGAUUCAAACUUUGAUAAAAACAACCUAGGUGGUAUUAAUCUUGGAGGUGGAUCUGCACUUGAAGGUUUGAAUACAAUCAAUGGUGGACAUUCAUUGUUAAAUAUGAAAGAAACUGGACAAACUAAUAUUUUGAAAAAUGGACAUGAGCGUCAUCAUGCUUCCUCGAGUGGUAAUUUGUUGAAUGGGUUGACAAACGGUGAUGUAUUUUUGAAAGAUACGACUUCAAAAAGUAAUGAUCAUUUGUCUACGUUUGGACCGGGUGGAUUGGUUGUUGGUCAGGACAUUGUUCUUCAAAAUGCAAAUCUUAAAAAAGCAACAUCUGCGAAAGAUGGUAUCCCGUUUUCUUCUAAAACUAAUGGAAUUAGAGAAAAAUUGUUAACAACUGCAGAUGGCGUAACUGCAUUAACUGGAGGAUUACUUGGAUCUAGUAGUGAUAUUUUCUUUCCUACAUUGAAUACUCAUGGAAACGGAGCUUCAUCUUUCGGCUUAGACUCCCCUAAUUUAUUGAAUAGCAAUCAACAAAGUGGUUUAGAUAUUGCACACUUAGGUACUGUUAAUAUUGGGGAAGUUUUGAGAGAAGGAUUGUCGAGCCAAAGUCCAUUUGUUAAUACCGGUUUUAAUGAUCAUGCAAUUUCUAGUACGUUUUUACCUGUUGCAAUUGGAAACGGAAUAAAUAGCAUACAUAAUGAUUGGCCAUUUCUUGGAGAUAGAACGAAUGAUAUCAAUGGCGGAUGGAAUAUUCCUGAUAAUAAUGUGUUUAAUAAAGAUGGAGCUGUAAUUACAAACGGAAUGGUUCUGACAAAACUUUCAGAAUUUGUUGAUGUCAAAAACAAAGGAAACACGAUUGAUUCGAACGUUGGUCUAAACAACGGAGGUUCUAGCCAGGAAAGAACAGUAAUACUUUCACAUACAAACAAAAUUCCGGAAAAAACUCUUUUUCAUCAAGUUUUACCAGAAUUUAUUCCACCAAAACCAAAAAUUCCAGUUUCUCUCCAAAAAGUUCGUUUGGAGUUAGAAAAGAAAAAUACACAGACUUUUGUGUUUUCUGAGCCUUUGCCAACUGAUAUUUGCUUAGGUUGUAAAAUGGAUGGAGGUGUUGGAUACACAAAUCAUCCGACAUCAUGUGACCGAUUUGUUGUCUGCUACCCAACAGAUGUAGGCAUCUUGAAGCCGGUUACCCAGCUUUGUUCGUAUGGUUUGUUCUGGAGUCAGUCAGCACUUACGUGUAGACUAACGAAAGAUGUAUACUGUCCACAUGAGGUUUGCAAAUCCCAGGCUGACAAGUAUCAAUAUGCCAGCAAACGAACCUGUAGGUCAUACUGGGAGUGUCAAGGUGGAAUCUCUGAACCACGGUGUUGUCCUUGGGGAAAUUCGUAUCUUGAUGGGCGUGGCUGUAUCGAGGAUUCCACGUGUGAAAUUCCAGAUGUUGCUUGUAGUGUAGAUCAUAAAAGUCUUCUCAUAGAAUGGGGAGGGGUAUGUGACAAAAGGCCUGUUUUGGGGCAGCGAAGUAUCUAUGAACGCAGAGAUGGGAGAAAAUGGAUCAAAGAAAAAUGUCCCCAUAGAUGGACAUACCAGAUUGAAUUAUGCGAAUGUGCAAAAAUAUCCGAAAUAGUUCCUUCUAGUUAUACAUUUGAAGGCCACACGUGUGUACCUGAGAUUUACCUCCCUUUUACCAAUGAUUUCUCAGAUCAUUCAGGAAAUAAUGUGUAUGUACGUGUUGACAAUGCUAGCUUAACUUCUGGAGCUGCCUGUUUUGACGGAAAAAGUGCCAUUGCUAUUCCGGCUUUUGCCAACAUGGACUAUGGUGGUACAUUUCACGUACAUGUACGCUACAAACAUCGAGACCUAACAACUAACCUACAGUCCCUUAUCUUCAAUGGCGAUUGUAACAAAACUCCAACAAUGAUUAUAGGAACGAAAAUGUCUGGGAACCACCUUUCUCUGCUUACAAAUUUAAAUGAAGAAAAGAAAAUGUGGGUUUCAUCAAAGAGACCACUAACUGACUGGAGAGAUGUUUGGCUUAAAUUUGAGAGAGGAGAAUUAAUUCUACAAACAAAUGACCAUACAAAUAUGGCUCCAAUGAAUGGAGCAAUUGCACGAUCUGAAUGCGGCAUGAAGAUAGGGUGGGGUAAAGGAUAUGAUAAUUUCAUUGGUUGUAUUGACGAAGUAUCAAUACAUAGAUGUCAUCCAGAGGUCACUGUGAAUAAAUCAUGAUCAACAGGUCAAACUACGUCCAUCAAUGUCCAUCAAGGUCCAUCUGUGUCAUGUCGUGAUUGAUUUCUCUGAUUAUUUUGUAUGAUGAAAUAUAACUUAUUUAUUUGAUGUCCCACACUAUGAAUGAAUUAAAUAGAAUAAAUUAUGUUAA